ACCGUUGGUGUCCACCAAGGCUCGGCCCUCUCGCCCCUGCUGUUCACUCUCUGUAUGGACACCGCGACGGCUGAUCUGCAAUCACCACAUCCAUGGAGCCUCCUGUAUGCAGAUGAUGUGUGCCUAUCAGAAACAGAAAACUGCCUAGCCCUGCAAAUCCAAACACAAGCAUGGAAAGACCGGCUCUCCGAAAACGGCAUGCGCCUGAACAUCAAGAAGACAGAGUACCUUGAAUGCGGCCCCCAGACCAACAGUACCAUCACUAUCGACGGCGAGCCGCUGACUAAAGUUGCCCAAUUCAAGUACCUCGGGUCCCUUGUCACCUCAGACUGCGAAACCCUGCCAGACGCCAGACUCCGUGUCAACACAGCGUGGAUGAAGUGGCGUCAGGUGAGUGGAGUCUUAUGCGACAAGAGAAUGCCAAUCUAUCUUAAGGCGAAAGUCUAUAAGUCGAUUGUGCGCCCAGUGGCACUCUACGGGUCAGAGUGCUGGCCAGCGACGACCAAACAUGAACAAGCUCUUCACACCAUGGAGAUGAAGAUGCUGAGGUGGCCUCUGGGUCUCACACGUGACCGAGUGAGGAACGAAGAGGUCAGGAAACAAUGGGGAGUGACACCGAUCACAGACAAGAUGCGAGAAGCGAGGCUCCGAUGGUAUGGCCAUGUUGUCCGUAGCGAUAAAAAUUCUAUCGCAAAGACAGCCCACCAAUUAGAUCUGGAGGGAAACAGGCCACAAGGAAGACCAAAAAAGCGCUGGAUGGACCGAAUCAAGGAUGAUAUGAAGGCUGUGAAUGUUACACCAGAAGACGCCCUUGAUAGGAAGAAGUGGAGGAAGGCAUGCAAGAUAGCGGACCCUGCGUCGCGGGAUAUAAACCGCUAGGAAGAAGAAGAACCGAAUGUCCUAAUCUAAUCUCUUUUCUUGGCUGACGUAACACAAUUGACACACAUAACACAUCAACUUUAAGCACACGUCACAUCAACUUUAAAAUUCACCCCAGCAUUAACAACAAGUUUUCAUCAAAUAUUCCCCAGACUUUACUUUUUAUUUAUCACAAAUGACCCAAAAUCACCAUGGACAUGUCACCCGAAAUCUACUUAACAGAUUUUAUA